AUGAAGUUUAUGCUGGGUGACCUGCCGGUGUUGUUCCCGUAUGAUCGGCUGUAUCCGGAGCAAUACUCUUACAUGGCCGAUCUGAAAACAACGCUCGAUGCUGGGGGCCACUGUGUCUUGGAAAUGCCUUCGGGAACAGGCAAAACCGUCUCUUUGCUCUCUCUGAUUGUUGCCUAUAUGCAGUUCUACCCCGAAAAACGCAAACUCAUCUAUUGUUCGCGAACCGUACCGGAAAUCGAAAAGGCGCUGGCGGAGCUGAAGCAGCUCAUGGAGUACAGAGCACAGGAAGGUGCCAAUGAUGGAGAAUUCAGAGGCUUGGGACUGACUAGUCGGCGUAAUCUGUGUCUGCAUCCUGAAGUGAGCAAAGAGAAGAAGGGCAAAAUCGUGGAUUCUAGGUGCAGAGAUCUCACAUCAUCCUAUGCCUGUGAGAAGGGUAGAGCAGACCCGGGAAGUGUGCCGUUGUGUAGCUUCCACGAGGAACUGAACAAUUACGAACCGGGAAACCUCAUACCACCAGGAAUCCAUACACUGGAUGAUGUUAAGAAGUACGGACAAGAGAAGGGAGUAUGCCCAUACUUUACUAUCCGACGAAUGCUGCCUUUCGUCGACAUUGUCAUCUACUCUUUCCAUUAUCUGCUAGAUCCCAAAGUUGCCGAGCAGGUAUCUGCAGAGAUGAGCAAGGAGAGUAUUGUCGUUUUCGACGAGGCGCACAAUAUCGAUAACGUCUGUAUCGAGUCUCUAUCAGUUGACCUGACAAGACCAAUGCUUGAGUCUGCCGCUAGGAGCGUCAACAAGCUCAGCGACAAAAUCGCCGAAAUCAAAGAGACUGAUGCUCAAAAGCUCACCGACGAGUAUCAGAAGUUGGUGGAAGGAUUGCAACAGGCAAAUGACGAUGAAGGUGGUGCAGAGGAUAACGACAUGUUGGUCACGCCAGUGUUGUCGGCCGACAUGGUGGAUGAGGCGGUUCCGGGGAACAUCAGGAAAGCCGAGCAUUUCAUUGCGUUCUUGAAGAGGUUCAUCGAGUAUCUGAAAACGAGGAUGAGAGUACUGCAUGUCGUUGCCGAGACGCCGCAGUCAUUCCUGGCGCAUCUGAAAGAAAUCACCUAUAUCGAGCAACGGCCACUGAAGUUCGCUUCUGAGCGCCUAACGUCCCUAAUACGAACGCUCGAGUUGACAAAUCUGGACGAGUAUGCCGCCUUGCAAAAGAUUGCCGGAUUUGGUACACUAGUGGCCACAUACGAGAAAGGCUUCUUGCUCAUUCUCGAACCCUACGAGACUGAGCACGCUACCGUCCCCAAUCCCAUCUUCCAUUUCACCUGCCUGGACCCUUCACUGGCUAUCGCUCCUGUUUUCGAACGCUUCUCUUCGGUCGUCAUCACCUCCGGUACCAUCUCUCCCCUCGACAUGUACCCCAAAAUGCUCCAAUUCCAGCCAGUCAUGGAACAAUCAUACCCCAUGACUCUUGCGCGAAACGCUUUCUUGCCGAUGGUCAUCACCCGUGGCUCCGACCAAGUGCCGAUAUCAUCGAGGUUCGAGGUCCGAAAUGACCCGGCUGUGGUGAGAAACUUUGGAAGUAUCUUGAUCGAGAUGAGCAGGACAGUGCCGGAUGGUGUGGUGGCGUUCUUCCCGAGUUAUCUGUAUAUGGAGUCCAUUGUGUCUGCGUGGUACGAUAUGGGUAUCUUGAGUGAAGUUUGGAAGCAUAAGUUGCUGUUUGUGGAGACGCCCGAUGCCAUGGAGACGAGUAUAGCACUCCGGAACUACCGGGAGGCUUGUAAUAAUGGCCGAGGAGCUGUUCUGCUAUCCGUCGCUCGUGGUAAGGUGUCGGAAGGUAUCGAUUUCGACCACAACUAUGGACGAGCGGUCAUCAUGUUCGGUAUCCCGUACCAGUAUACAGAGUCGCGUAUUCUCAAAGCUCGUCUCGAGUUUUUGAGAGACAAUCACCGGAUUCGAGAAAAUGACUAUCUCACUUUCGACGCCAUGCGACAUGCUGCCCAGUGUGUUGGACGUGUCUUGCGAGGUAAAACAGAUUGGGGUCUGAUGGUGUUUGCCGACAAGCGUUUCGCUCGAGCGGACAAACGAGCCAAGCUGCCCAAGUGGAUCAACAGCUACAUCACUGAGGCUCACUCCAAUCUCUCCACCGACGUUGCUAUAUCUCUCGCCAAAAAGUUCAUCAGGCAAAUUUCUCAACCGUUCGACCACACCCAGACAGGUAUCUCUCUCUGGACUCUGGAAGAUAUCGAGGCGAGGCAGCAGCAAGAAGCGGAUGAGGCAGACAGGGAUGAUACGGCUUUGGACGAGGCCGUUGAGCAGAACACGGUGGGCGAUGCGGUGAAUGGAGAUAACAGCGGGGAUGUCGCGAUGGCGGAGGAGUUCGAUCUGGCGGGAAUGGAUAUAGAUUAG